AAGUAGGGGGGAAAAAAAAGUCUUCUGCCCGAUGCUUAUUAAUUUAGGAAUUACUAAUGAAUGACCGACAAUUUGGAAAUAGGCGGCUGGUAGGAAAUAGGUAAACAACCCGCGAAUGGAACGGAACAAAAAGAGCCUUCAACUGGUAUUAGCUCAACUUCCAUUCCAAUAUUCCAUGACGUACGCGCAAUUUGAUUUGUCAAAGCCUGGAUCACGUACGCUAUUUAAACUUCCAUCCGGGCCAAAUUAACUCUCAGUGCAUUUUGCGACAGCGAAAUAAAUGGCUAGUGAGAGAUCAUUUGCAGCAGAUCAAGAACGUCGGGAAGGUGCAGAAGUUGUUUAUGGAGCUGAAGCAUGCUAUCAGCACUCCAUACAACUCCUUGAAGAAUUGGGGUUUCCUAAGGGAGUGCUUCCCCUGCAGAAUCUGGAAGAAUGUGGAAGAGUUCGGGCAACUGGGUUCGUGUGGAUGAAGCAAAAAAAGCCGUAUCAGCAUUUCUUUACUGGGAGCAAUACCCUCGUAAGCUACGCAACUGAGGUGACUGCCUACGUAGAGAAAUUCAAGAUGAAAAAGAUGACUGGAGUCAAGAGCAAGCAGCUUCUUUUAUGGAUUCCUAUUGCCGAAAUGAGGAUUGAUGAUCCGGAUCAUAAGAAGAUUCACUUCAAAACUCCCGUGGGAAUUGGGAAAUUCUUCCCCAUCACGGCUUUCAUGACCCAAGAGGAGAAGCGCAAGUACUCGGAAAGCACCGGAGAGUAGAAUUCAUUCAGUGGAUGCCGCCAAGGAUCCAACCAACAUAUUGGUUAUUGCUACUAUUCAAUAUUAAUAUUCAUUCCACACCCUACGUUUAUGCUCAUCUCAAUAAUAAUAUACUACAAUUAUUGCUUCUUUUUCCUUUCCUUUUUCUUUCAAAGUAAGUUGUAAGUUGUUAUUACCAUAUGUAAAAUCACGUUAUGCUUAAUUAAAAAAAAAUUUAUUGUUAAAUAAAGUUAUUGUGUUUAAAAUGAUGUGGAGAAAAAA